UGGCUCAUCAACGGGACCGGCGCGUGGGUACCGGCCAUAAUACACAUGGACAUUCAGGCCAUGACCUUGAAUAGUAGGGAUUUGCUCAGGGUCACCACUCGCGAUGGUAAAUCUGUGCUCUACGAGCACUACGGCCAAUUGGAGCCAGGUGUAAUUCUAUUGCCUACCGGGCAUAAAGUGGUGAGGGUAACCCUGACCCUGUCAUCUGACCCCUGGGACCGCAAAUGGGACGUUGACUACAAUACUAAAGAUUUAAAAUCACAACUGACCCGUAUUGACAGUCCGGGUCGGUAUGUGUUUCCAUACUCGCACCGGGAUAUGAAGUUCCCGUCGACUGGCCUUGACUUUGAUCUGGUGUUUGAGAGCAGACAUGCGCAGUCUAAGUUGUUAAUGAGUAUGGAGCCAGGUGAUUUAAAUGGUGGUACAAUCAGAUUUUAUAAAGUUGAGAAGUAUGGAAUGGAACAGUUGUUUGAUAGCAACACUACUCGACCGGAGUUUUUGCUGUCGACGGGUCAACAGAUUGUGGCUAUGAUUAGAGGCUAUAGACGUGAGUCGACGAGUAGUGCAAACAUCAGGUUUAUGUACGAAGUGGUGGACUCGCAGUGCAGUCAAUACAAACAGAAUAAUUUCGAUAUAACCCAAACCGACAAUGUCCCCACUGUACUUCUGCCCGAUAACCAAGCGUUACAAACAUUACACCAGUAUAAAUGUGUCAACAUCUAUGAGCACCAUGAUGUUUCGGCCAGAUUUGAGCUACAAUUAGACCGAUUUAAGUCGUUUAUAAACAGCGCCGACAUUAUGACCGUAUCGGACGGUCUGUCCCAACAGUGCCCUCCGCUCGCAGUUAUUGAGCGACAAUUGCUGGACACGUAUUGGCGCACAAAGUAUUUGCAAUCGACAGCAAACACCAUAACUGUAACGUAUGAGUCGAGACGUGUGGUAAACACUACUCUUAGCGAUGAUAAUUUAAUUGGCAUACAGACGGUGUAUCAUGGCGGCAAUUAUAAAUUUCUGAGUGAUGAACUGACAUAUCAGUUAAGAAUAGACAUGAACACAUCUACACACCUACAGUCAAAUCCCGGUAUAUACACGUUUGAAACAGACAACGAUCACCAAUUAGUGUUGGAGCUAAACGCUUCGGUAAUACUACCAGGCUCAUCCAAUCAGCCGCUAUUUGAUGUCUACAAUAACGUGGAUAGAGAAGUCAGCGAUCAUCACAAAUUAAUUAGACUCUACUCGGGCUCAUACGGGCCAUCAAUAAUACCGUCAAACACUAAUCAAUUGAAACUAGUGUUUCACCAAAGGGUCGACUAUCAGCUCGUUGUGCGCCAAGUGCUGAGGGAAGGCAACUGUAACACAACUGCCGCCUGGCAUUCAAUCACUCUACUUAUGCCCGGUCGACCUGACCGUACAAACACGUCGGUAAUUUUGCGCUUGACCCAGGUUAAUCACGCGACCCCUGACGAUUGGAUUACCUUAUAUAAAGGUUCCGCGUACAAAGAGCAAGGUUACGAGUCCAGCAUUGGGGUUAUCAAUAUCGGUCUCAUGACAAGUAUGCCCGAUGUAAUAUUGGCAGCUAAUGAAACGUACACGCUGCAAGUGUGGCGUUCAGACAAUGUCUAUUCUGUGCGCCCACUGCUGGUCACCCUAUCUGUCGAAUACACGGACCGUGAUGUGAGAGACAAAAACAUGACCUUUUCUGAUCACGAAUUGACCGUAAGCACCCAAAACCAUCCCGGCAAUUACCCCGUUGGCAGCAUUUUUAACUGGCAAAUGAAUGGUGAGAUUUCUACGGAAAAUGGACCAAAUUGGACUAUGGCCCUAAUCACUUUCAGUGACAUUGAACUGGCUGCAACGCAUAGUUUAUCGUUAAACAACCAACUAUACAACAGGAAUUAUGAGCCUGAUAAAAUGCCAGCCGAUAUGGUACUGCCACUACCAUUCAACAUUACGAUGGACACUCGUAUUAUAGUGCCCCCAUACGACCCCAUGUUGCCACCCUAUCAUGGUGGUAUUAGUGGACGUGGUAUAAAAGCCAGAAUAACUCCGGGCAAUUGUGGUGGCGCCUACACUGUUAGACUCGGCCAACAGAUAACAAUAAAGCCCGUGACAACCGGUAGCCAAUUAGACUACCGGUGCGUUCUUACCAUAACUGCUAAAAGUUACCCUGAUCAAUAUCCGUACGCCACAGAUCGGCAUUUGGUAAUUAAUUAUGUGACGUAUAUAUCUGAGGGCACCCAAAUGGAUGUGUAUGACUCGGAAACGCGCCGGGGUGAUCGUAAAUUCUCGCCGGACAGAUACGAUGGCAGAUGGCAGUCAACGUCGACAAACACUAUGGUUAUUGUUCUAAACUACACCGAUGAUAGACGUUUUUACCCACCCACAUUCACCGUAAAGGCACGAGUGUGCGACAAAAUGUGUGACAAUGACCAACGUUGUUUAUUGACCAAUUUCCGGUGCGAUGGGGUCAACGAUUGUGGCGAUUGGUCCGAUGAAAGGGACUGCAACCCUAUGCCAACGUGUCCGCCCAGAGUGACUAAUAAAGGUGCCUGGAUUGGCUGGAUAGCGCUUGCUGGGAUAACCACCUUGCUAAUAUCAGGUGUAUUAGUUUGGACAGUCGUACGGUAUGUCACCCGAAAGCGUAAUGGUUACGCGAUUCGCAUCGAGUAG